AUGCCUCAGGGACAUUUGGUGCAAGGUAAUUCGGCAAGGGUGCGGAAGGGGCGGUUGACGCCUAGUCAUCUGUUUCGGGCGAUUUUACGGAAUGACGUGGAAGGUGUGGUGGAGUUGGUGGAGACGGAGCCAAGCCUGUUAAGCGGGGAGGACCUAAAGGGCUGGACUGCGGUUCACUACGCGGCGCGGGUUGGUAGUGUAGAGAUCAUGGACGUGUUGCGUGAUAAGGGGGCCUCAACGGGUGCGGAGGACCGGAAGGGGAUGACACCUUUGGCGAUCGCGACAUACCACAAACAUGACGUCCUGGUCAAGUAUUUGUUGCGUAAACAACUGGCCGCCGAGAGCUUUUACGGCGAGGCGCCCGCUUACUGCGGCGGCGAGGCCGUACGUGGGGAGGGCCGUAAGCCGCAAGUAGCGGUAGUGGCGGGGGAGCGCCAUCGCAUGUCGAAGGGGACGAUCCAGCGGUCGUUAUUGACCGCUGCAGCGAACGCGAUUCGGCAAGACGACUUGGAAUGUUUGGUGUGUCUGUCGGAGAAGGCGAAGAUUACGAAGAAAGCGGAGUUGGAUGUGGCGGCGUUGUGUCUGGUCGCGAUCGCUGCAGAUGCAAACAACUGUCUAAACUGGCUGCUGCAACGCCGGGCAGGUCUCACGGGCCAGAUCCCAGGUGGGUCAUUGACGAAACGACGUGUCUGGGGCCAUUCAAGUCUCCUGCACCUCGCAGCAAAAUUCGGCGCGACGCGUUGCACACGUGUGCUAUUGCGCCAACCAUGCCCCGCCGCACGUGCUAGGGACGACGCCGGCUACACACCCCUUAUGUAUGCACUCGCACUUACCAAACCAGACAUUCUCGACCUCCUUGCGCGCUAUGAUCCCAAAACGCUCGACGUACUCAAUUAUGCUGCACCCGCAAUCAGACCCGACCAGGCCACACUAUCCAGCGGUGGUCCAGGUGGUUGGGGCAACAGCGGCACCUGGCCCAGCCUGGCUGGUAGUUUACCACGACUUAACUCAUCCGCCAGCGGCUUCGCCAUGGCACCCGAACUCUUUAAUACUACAGUCGUGCAGGCCGUCAAAAACAGCACACCCGAAACGAGAAGGUUCCUUAAAACUAACUACCACAUCGACCUCGAGCCUCUCGUACGCUAA